CCUCCACCACAACUUCUUGUACAGCUCGGCUCCGAGAUCUCAUGACCUCCACCAAGUACUCGUACACACAUGCUCUGCGUAUUCUGGGCGGGGAUGCUAAUAUCCGAUCUGCAUGGUGGGUGAACACAACUUUUUUCCUGCAGCACGUCGUGUCCAUUGACAUCGUGAUGGCUCUUCAUCGAUGAGACACUUCCAAUCAAAUGAAGAUCAAAUGUAGUUGAGUAAGCCCGAGUAUGUAUGCCUUUGUCUCAUCUUGCCAGCCCCCGAGUUGCAUAUCCCAUUUCUAUCUCUGUGCUCCCCCGCAGGCCGCUGUCAUACCAUCCCUCGCCAUAUCCUUUCUCUAAAGCACUCUGAACUUUCUCCCCCAAUUGUCUGUUGGCGAUAUCAUCAAUUGGAAAGCUCACAAUGCCGGGCCAACUCAAAUCGUUCUUGGGUACGAUGAGGAGGAAGCCUGCGAGUGCUCCAGAUGGCAAACAUGACGAGCAAGCCGCAGCUACCCCAACGGUCGAAAAGACUUCAGUUGUUCAUGAUCUCACUCAUCUUGACUUCAAAAAUGCGAAAACAGUAACAGAAGCUAUUACUACAAUCGCAUCUGGCGAGCCAAUGGACGACAAGGAGGUAAGCAGCAUCCAAUUGAUUCUUCUCUGAUGAUUGGGAGAAUGGUUUAGUAGGCUUGUCAGCUAAUUCGCCGACAGCUAUUACUAGAACAUGGAGUCGCAAUGCUUCAAAGCUUGCCAGCAAAUAGUGGAUUAGGAGCCACUGUCGCUGAUAAUUUCAUUGCCAUGUUGUGGAAUGAUCUUCCCCACCCACCUCCAACGACUUCAGGUCCUACUGCUAAAUACAGACACCACGAUGGAAGCUUUAACAAUCCCUGGGUACCUGAAAUGGGCAAAGCUGGAUCGCCGUAUUCUCGCAGUGUUCCUCCCUCUAAACCAAAAGGCCCAAAUCUCCCAGACCCAGAACUCGUGUUCGACCAGCUCUUGAAAAGGAAGGGAGCUUUUCGCCCACACCCCUCUGGCUUGAACCGGCUCUUUUUCUCAUUUGCGACAGUUGUAAUCCACGAGUGUUUCCAGACUUCGCGAACUGAUCCGUGGGUCAAUGAAACGUCUAGUUACGUGGAUCUAAGUACGCUUUACGGAAAUACCGAGAAAGAGCAGCAGCGAGUGAGGACUUACAAGAAUGGAGAGAUAUACCCCGACACGAUUGCUUCUGAGAGAAUAAUGAUGAUGCCUCCUGGAGUCGUUGCUGUUUCACUCCUAUUUUCGCGAAACCACAACCAUAUUGCGGAGAACUUGCUGUCUGUCAAUGAAAGUGGGAAAUAUAAACCUUGGGAUAGGCUAAAUCCAGAGGAGCAGGCUUGGUAAGCGAGCAGAACAUGCGUUUCUUAUAAACUUCUCUGAUAUGUGUGAUGUUGCAGGCAAGAUAACGACAUCUUUCAAAUCACCCGAAAUAUCAACGUUGGCUUCUUCGCUUCCGUCGUGUUGAAAGAUUACGUCGCAGCGAUUCUCAAUACCCCACGAGCCAACUCAACCUGGUCCCUCGACCUUGGUGCUGAAAUCAAGCAAAAAGGGAAAAGAGUCGAGCGUGGGAUAGGAAACGUUGUUUCCGUUGAGUUUGCUGUUCUCUAUCACUGGCAUGCUGCUCUCAGUGCGGCUGAUGAUAAGUGGAUGGAAGAGAUUUUGAGAUCUAGCAUUCCGGAUCUUAAAUCUGUCGACGACGUGGAUGUUGAUAUGUACAAGAAAAUCAUGAAGGUCCAUGGGCAUAAAUUGAUGAACACACCAGCUAGGGAAUGGACCUUUGGGGGACUGAAAAGAGGGCCUAAUGGAAAAUUCAGUGAUUUUGACUUGGGCGAACUUAUCAAAAAUUGCAUUGAGGAACCUGCGCAUGCUUUUGGGGCACAUGGCACUCCGGCAAGUUUGAAAAUUGUUGAUUUGAUGGGUCAGUUGCAAGCCAGGAACGUGUAUAAUGUCUGCACGAUGAAUGAGUUAGUUUCAUCCUUUCGCUCCUUUACUAAUUGAUUUGUAGUUCCGCUGACUUUACUCAUGCUACAGAUUCCGUCGCUACCUCAAUUUGAAACCCUACAAAGACUUCGAAGAUUGGAACCCGGACAAGGAAACAGCAAGAGCAGCGGAGCUCCUCUAUGGGCAUAUUGAGAACUUGGAGCUAUAUCCGGGGUUGAUGGCUGAGGUCACAAAACCAGCCGUUCCUGGUAGUGGUGUUUGUCCUGGCCACACAACCGGUCGUGGGAUUCUCGAUGAUGCAGUGGCUCUCGUCCGGGGGGAUCGUUUCCUUAGUUAUGAUUUCAACAGCACAACCUUGACCAAUUGGGGAGUGUCAAAACUUGCAUCAUUGCCGGCUGGAGCAUAUGGGGGUAUGCUACCACACCUAUUUUUCACUGGGAUUCCCGGUGCUUGGAAAGGGACCUCUGCAUAUGCCCUCCUUCCUUUCUACACGCCCACGGCAGCCAAAGGGAUCUUGAAAAAGAACAAAGUGAUUCAGAAUUACGACUUGGAAAGACCACCCAGUGAUAUGGCAGUGACAGGUAUUUUCACUCACGAAGGCUGCAAGAAAGUCUUCGAGGAUCGAGAAAACUUCCGUGUCAUGUAUCAAGCUGCCAUCCGUCACUGUACGAACGAUCACGAUUUCAUGAUUGGCUGGGACGAUGCUAAGCGACACAAAGAACGGUCCAAUAUCCUUCAUAAAGUCUUCUUCGAAGACGGAUUUGAAGCAAACGUUUCCAAGUUCUUCAGAACCAACGUGGCGAACCUUAUUAAGAAACACUCUUUGAAAUACUCCAAUAGCAGCAGAAGAUCGAUCGAUAUUGUUCGCGACGUGACCAAUGUCACACCGAUUCUCUGGCUGGCCGAUAGAUUCGCAAUCCCUUUGAAAACAGCCGAGCGUCCCCGUGGUUUGAUUUCAGUACCUGAACUGUUCAUGGCGUAUCUUGUACUUUUCAUGUACCAGAGCUUCAACAUCAUUCCAGCCAAUGAGUGGAAAUUGCGUGAGGGAGGGUUGAAAGUGGCACCUGUGUUGAGGAGUAUCUUCGAAGCGCAUCUCAAGACACAACAAGGUAUCAAGGAACACGUUGUUGAUUGGCUUGCCAAGGGGAGUGCUUUUGAGGUAGGUCCAGACGCAGACAGGAUCUACCACUCGCUUAACAACACCAAACUCCCCAUUGGUGAUUUGAUAGGCGACUGUAUCGGUAUGGGAGCACCGGUAGCGGGUAACUUGACUCAACAAGCCUCUCUCCUUAUUGACCUUUUCCUAAGCGAGGGAUAUGAACAAUAUAAAGCACGCAUCAUCGAACUGGCCAACAUGCCCGAGGAGCAAUCAGAGAAAGAACUAAUCGGAUACGUCUACGAGGGAAUGCGCCAUGCUGGUGUCGUCCCCGGCCUACCACGCGUUGCUUCAAAGGACGUGACCAUCAUCGAUGGCGCCAGAGGCCCAAUCCAUAUCAAGGCAGGCCACACAAUCCUCAUCGCCACAUCCAAAGCAGCCAUGGAUCCUCUAGCCUUCUCCAAUCCCGAGAAGUUGAAUCCUCAUCGUCCACUUUCGGAUUACAUCCUCCUUGGUCACGGGUUACACUUCUGUUUUGGAGCGAGACUGGUUGGGUGCUCGCUCGCUGCGACUUUGAGAGAAGUCUUCAAGUUGAAGAAUAUCAGGAGGGCUCCGGGACCACAGGGCCACUUUUCGAUCCUUGAACAUGAGUUUGCGGGGGUCAAGAUGAAGGUUUAUUUGGAUGGGAAUGCGAAGGAGUCGCCGAUUCCGACGACGCUAACGGUCGAGUAUGAUGAGUGAGUUGGGUAAUUAAUGUGUAGUUGAGCAGUAUUUUUUAUCUUAGUAGGAAUUCUCUCUUAUCUUUGUCGGGAAAAUUGAAUAAUGUUU